UCCUCCUCCUCCUCCUCUUGCAGAACAUGAGUGAUUUUCACCUGGAUUUGAGUCCCCUGAAAGAACCUCUAGGUUUCAUCAAACUUCUUGAAUGGCUCUUUGCGGUGUUUGCGUUCGCUUCUUGUGGAGGAUACAAAGGUGUCACCACACUUCUAGUUUCCUGUGACGGCGUGGUGAAUAAAACAGUAACAGCCUCUUUUAGUUACCCUUUCAGGUUGAACACGGUUGUCUUCACUUCGCCAGAUCCCACCCGCUGCAACGGCACUUGGACGGAUGUCUAUCUUGUGGGCAACUUCGCCUCCUCAGCCCAGUUCUUUGUCACGUUUGGCGUCCUCAUCUUCUUCUACUGCAUGACGGCCCUCGUGUUUUACCUUGGCUAUAUGCACGCCUAUCGGAAUGGUAGCAAUUUCCCAAUGAUCGAUUACGUUUUCACUCUCUGUGCGGUCUUUCUGUGGCUAGUCAGCACGGCUGCCUGGGCAAAAGCUCUAGUGGAUAUCAAAAUAUCGACCGGUCACCGCAUUACGGACGAAAUACCGGCAUGCAAAAUUGCUGGAUCCUCCUGUGUGUUUGCUUCGGUCACCAGCAUGGGAAGUCUGAAUGUGUCUGUGAUUUUUGGCUUGGUGAAUAUGAUCCUCUGGGGUGGAAACGCUUGGUUUGUAUACAAGGAGACUAGUAUGCACAAAUCUAACAGUAAUUCGCCAAAGUUCUACCCACCAACAUCAGGAAUCUGAACCGUUACAGAUUUAUGCUCAAAGGGCCGUGUUUCAUUUUGUUGACAAGUUUGAAUACACUGUAUUUCAAAAUAUUUUAUGAUUAACUUUCACAAAUAUACAAUUUGGAGGGGUGGGGGGGAAACGCCCGGUGUAGAUAGGAAAUGAGUCUUUUGAAAGAAUUUAUUCACCUUAAAUGAAUACUUGAGUCAAAUGCUUGGACAGCGUUGUCAUCUUAAGACAAGAAUUUUUGGGGCACAAAUACAUUUCCGUUGUAAUGAUCAACUGCAUUUGACAAUUCUUUGCCUGUAGAAUCAUACGCAAGUUACACUGUAUUUAGCAUUUUGUCACAAAAAGAGACUUGAAAUAAUAGUUGUGCAUUCUAUUGAGGGUUAGGAUUUGUCAAAUUCACUGUCUGUUUAAAACAGUUGCCUGAUUUAAAAAGUUUCCUCCGUAUUUUGUGUGUGUGUAUAUAUUUG